GCUGCUCGUUUCAUGGCGCUUCCAAUGCAGAAGCUUCGAAACAUUUGAAGGAAACGAAUCGUACGUUAGUGGGAAGCAUUGUGGGAAUGUAGUAGCGGGUUUCGUCGAGAGCAGCUUGUUUGAACGGCAUAAUAAUCAUGGACGAGCUUAAGGACAUUCUUCGCGAGUAUGUGAAGCGCAACCAGAUGCUCGAGAGUUCCAAUGAGCAGUUGCGUGAAAAGCUGCUGGAACAAGAAAAGUUGCACAAGGUUUACAUCGAUGAUUUGAGCAAUAUGAAAACGUGCUUGGGAGGUCUGCAGGAUGCGCUCAUGAAGUGUCGUGCAAACAUUCUAAGCCACGAGAUGUUGGAAAAAUCGAAGAUCUUUGUUGGAACUCAAAUUAAAAACGAUCAAACAAAUGGCAACGUAAUAGAGUUGGUGUCCGUACAAGCACAGCUGGAAGUUUGUAAAAAUGAUUUAGCCGAACAACGGAACGCCUAUCAGGAGCUUUUGAUCGAGAAAAACCGCAUUACAGCCGAGAUGCAAACGCUGUUGCAGAAGAAUCAUCAACUCUCGAUGGACCACGCACAAAAUAGCAGAGUAAACCCAUCCUCACCUCGCCAAACAAUCCGUGCGACGAAAACGGAUGGAAUGAAAUUCUACGGUACAUCGCCCGGUGUCUUCGAGCGGCAGAUCGAACCUUGCCCUCACUGUAACAACGUGUUCGGAGAUUUUCUUACACUGGAAACCCACAUCAAAGAUUGUCCAGGGCUCGACUACUAAUCGAUAUCGCGCUAGGUUAAUUUGAUAACGCGACUGAUUUUUGUUGUUGCUGUUUUGUUUCGCUUUGUGUUCCUUGUUGUAUAUCGCCUUAUCAUCGCUUUACCAAUAAACCGCUUUUGGGUAAAAGAAACAUAUGUUUCUAUCUUAAGCGGUGGAUUUAUAUUGGUGGAAAGAAAUGUAGGAUCUCCAAUCAAUCAAUCGCAUUAGCAAUAGACUUGCACAUGCAUGUGUUUUUAGAUAUUAUUUUAUUACCCGCCGUUA